AUGAAGCACGAAAGUCAGCAUCCUGAGCUCAUUUCAAACGGAAAAGGAAAACCUUUCAAAAAAAGCAUCAGUUUAGGUGCUUUGGGUCUAGGAAAGCUGUGGCGAAGGCGAUCUGUGACCAUAACCGAGUACGAUCCAUGUUACAAGGUCGUCUAUCUGGGAAACGUCCUCACUGGCAUAGCCAAAGGUGAAAUGUGCGUGGAGAAACCGCUGUGCAGCCUGUGGAAGAAUUACACGUGUAACCAGAAACCAGACGUGCACAUGAAGCUGACCAUCACGCAGUCGGGACUGAAGGCGUUCACUAAGGAGCACGGGCUCACCGAGUACUGGAGUCAUCGGGUCACCUAUUGCCUGGCGUCGCCACAGUUCCCUCGUAUUUUCUGCUGGGUGUACCGGCACGAGGGCCGCAAGCUCAAGCAGGAGCUUCGGUGCCAUGCGGUCGUGUGUACCAAGGAGUCGGUGGCCAGGCAGAUCGCUGGCCAGCUGCGCUGCCGCUUGGCACAGGCGCUCAGCGAGUUCAAGCGGGACAAGAUCAGCCGUCAAAACGCUCGGCUGUCAUUGGCCAACAGCGUGUACGAGAAUCCGUCGCUGCCCCGACGCAAGAUCUUAUUGUCAACCGGGUCGCACAACUACAGACCACCGCUGGAGCGGUCAAAGUCCGCGCCGCGGCUCGUGUCCAUUGAAGAGAGUCUGGAAGAGGACGAAGAACCGGCUGAUUCUUGCGCGGCGUUCAGGAGGUGCCGAGCCGAGAACCGGUUGCGAACCGGCACGCUUCGAAACCGGUUGGGUGGACUCCACGGUUACAGGGAGACGGCUGCCGCCACUGCCGCCGCCAUAACCGCUGCUACCGCCGCCGCCGCCGCUGCCACCGCUGCUACCAAUGCAUCCGCCGACGUCACUACCGACACCACUGAAAUGGUGAACGAGAUCGAAAACCGACUUGCCAAAAGUCUGCAGCUCGGGGACGAUGGCUCAACCGAUGACAGCGCCCAAUCGUACCAAAACGUAGAUUGCGAUUCAGCUGAAUCGCUGCCGUCUUAUCGAGACGUCAUAGCCGAAGAUCAAGAGUCUACUUCGUCCUCUUCGUCGUCAACGAUUUGCGUGGAGCAACAGCAGCAUGAACUGCUUCCCAAAUACAACGAAGUGAUCGUCGACUGUCCACAAGGUCCAGAAGAUGUGUGCUACAAAUACAACAGCCUGGUCCGGGACAGGAAGAGACUGUUUGAGAGCAUAGGUGGUGGUAUAGGUGGACGUCGCGAUCAGUUCAAGCGAAUAAGCUCAGACUCAGAGUUACUUGGCGCCUAUAACAACCUGGUGAAAAACAGGAAGCUCCUGUUCGAAGGCUGCCGGGAUGUCGAUGGUGACGAUGAUUCUUACGUUGACGAGGAAGACUUGGACGAGGACAAAGACUGUGGAUAUCCGGACGAUGAAUCCACGCCCAGCCUACAAAGCAUAUCCAGUGGCGGAUCAGACGCGUGUAAGAAGAUCGCCAUGGACCUUGACUCUCUGUCGGAGGAGGAGGACAGUGAUGAAAGUGGUUAUGUGGAGGCACCGCCGUCCCGUUGUCCUGCCGAUGCGGCUGGCCAUGUCGACAAGGAAAAGGAACUGCACAAACGCAACAACCACGCCGUUGCCGCUAGGAAUGCUUCUGCUCGUCGGGUCGGCGCGUAA